UCAGGAAGGAGGUAAAAUAGUCUCAGGACCCACACCACCAGGUUCAGGAACAGUUAUUACCCCCUCAGCCAUCAGGAAGGAGGUACAGGAGCCUCAGGAACAGUUAUUACCCCUCAACCAUCAGGCUCUUGAAACAAACUUCACUCAACCUCACCCGCCCCCAUCACUAAACUCACUCUCAAGGACUCUUCAUCGCGUGCUCUCGAUAUUUGUUGCUGAUUCUUUUAUUUAUUAUUAUUUUCUCCUUUUCACAUCUGCACAGCUUGGUCUCCUCAGCACACUGGCUGAACACCCCAGCUGGUGCAGUCCUCCACUGAUCCUAUCACCGUUAUUGUGCAUUCAUUGAACAGGCCCACAAGAAACCGAAUCUCAGGGCGACAUACAAAUUCAAAGCAAAUUUAUUAUCAGUCACCAUAUACAACCCUGAGAUUCACUUUGAUUAAAAAAAAUUGCUUGGAGCUGUAUUUAUCUUUUAAUGUUCGGUUUUGCCAGUGAAACACAUGUGCCUUUGAUUUUUCCCCCCUCUCUCUGUUUUUAAUCCUUUUUCCAAUACUGCGCAUCCCUCAGUACUGAGACGGUUAAGGCCUGUUUAAAAUACUCUUUCUGCCUCCUGACUGCUAAUUCAGCGAGAGCCUGCCUGAGAUGAGGCUGCGGCAUUAACAUCAACCAAGUGCGUGCCCUCUCCCCCCCCACUCUCGCCUACAAUUAUCCCACAGCCUGCUUCCCUCGCGGAGAAUGGCGGCAGAUAAGAUCGGCGCUCUCACGGCACGUCCUUGAGAAUGGGUCGGGAGGUGGGGAUGGAGGGGGGGGGGAUGGAUGAUAUUAUCAGGGCUGGUGCGUGGUAUCAAGUUUCAGAUGAGAUCACACAAAGCACAUCGCUGUUCAGCAUCAACCUCACGUCUGACAGACCUCUUUGUUCCUGAGCUGAGCACGGAGAAACAAGGAGCAUUCUACCUCUCUACAGUCCCGCAGGCAGCCACGUUUGGAGCCUGCAACGCUUGACGUUAUGCCUGAGUUGUAACUGCUGCACGCACAAACACACACACACACAAAAAAACACCCAUUAUACAACCGCACUGGUUGCCAGGCAGUUUAAAAGAAAGUGGAUUAUGGCUAGGAGUUGAGUAGCUGGCUUUGCAAAAACAUUCUCCUGUGCCGUUCCUGCGUGGGCAUGGAAGCGCCAGUCAAGAUCAAACGGACGGCCAUUACCCUGGCCCAGAAAGUCCAGAUCAUCCUCAAGUUGAACAACCCCUCCUUCAAGCAGAAGGAGAUCGCCCAGGAGUACGGGCUCACUGCCUCGGCCAUCUCCAAGAUCGUCAAGAAGAAGGAGGGGAUCCUGGAGGAGUGGCUGCGCGGCGGGAACCUGGAGCGCAAGAGGAAACGCGAGGGGAAGAACCAGACUGUCGACGACGCCCUGCUCAGCUGGUUCUGGCUGGCCAGCAGGGAAGAGGGGCCCAUCUCGGGGCCCGUGCUGAUGGCCAAGGCCAAGGCGCUGGCCGAAGAGAUGGGGGUCGAGUUCAAGCCCACCAACGGGUGGCUGUGCCGCUGGAAAAACCGCAACAACCUGGCCUACCGGCGGGCGCCGAGGGACAGGGGCGAGGGCAGGACAGCCGGCGACCACAGAACCGGUGGCGCCCACUUCCCUUCGACGCCAGGCCUCCCGCGGGGCCAGUGGCGAGCAGCAGUGGCCGGGUCGUCCGACAGCUCCUCAGACGAGAUUCCAGCCGCAGGCCCUGCCGGACAGCCGACCGUGGACACUCAGCACAGACCAAAGUGGGUUAAGAAGGAGGAGUUGCCCCCGCAGUCAGGCCCCAGCUGUCCAUCUUACACAGCACCACUGGAUCUGAGAGGACAGCAGGAGAUGCCUGGAACAUCGCACGGAAGCGCCUGGAAUAGGGCAGGAAGAUUCAAGGCAGAGAGGGACACUCACGACUACACCUAUCAGUCUUACAAAGACCAGCGGGAGUUUGUCUCGGACACGUCGGACACCUCAUCCGAUGAGGCCUCAGUGAAGCAGGACCCCACCAGUCAGGCUGCCGCUCAAGUCAAGCACGAAGAGCCCUUCUGUGGAGGGGAGCAAACGCACACGCAAGCUCUUCAGCAGCUAGGGUCUCAACGCCCUUUACGAGGCUUGUACGAGCUGCCGGAAGAACCAUCCCACGACCGAUGCAGAGGGCAGAUGUGGGAUGAUUCCACGUUCGAGGACAGAAACCAGUCCUGCAAAGGUGAGAAGAGCUGCAGGAAGGAUCCACCUCUGUGCUCCGCAGUCCCGGCCGGGUACACUGACAAGUCCGAGCAAGCCGCCACCAUCGCCCUCCUGCGCAACGCCUACUUCGCGGCCAAGGAGAUGAUCCCCAGCUCCUCGGCGGGGGCCCUGAACGAGCUCUGCCUGCUCCAGGGCCUGGGGGACCCGGCCGGCCAGCUGAGCGCCCGCCAGCGCUGCCGGCCGAUCGAGGAGUUUCAGCGGGCCAUCGCCGACGCGCUGGAGCAGGGAAUCCUGGAGCGGGCGCGCGCGCUGAACUGCUUCGGCGUCCUGAUCGACCUGCCCCGGGACCGCCGUGCGUUCCUGUAUCUCCGGGUACUCGAGCGGGCCGGGGCAGCCCGUGAGCCCCGGACCUACCUGCUGUCGGUGGAGGAGCUGCGGGGGGAGGCCACGGCGCGGGAGGUCGCGGCCGUGCUGAUCCGGGUGCUGGCCCAGAAGGGCCUGGACUCCAGGCGGAUGUGCGGGCUGGCGCUCGACGGGACGGCCGUCUCGGCCGAGUGCCGGGAGGGCGUGGAGGCCGAGCUGAGGGCCCGGGUCCCCGGCCUGCUCUGUGUCCGCUGCCUGGCCCACAGGCUGACCCUCAGCUGGGCUUCAGCGGCCGACACAAUCCCCUACCUGGUGAAAUACCGGGAGAUCCUCCGCUCCAUCUACACGCACCUGGCCGAGCUGCCCCGCAGCCGGGACGGGCCGGAGGCUGUGGGGGAGGUCCUCGCCCACCGGGAGGAGCCGGGUGGGGACGGUUCCCCCUCCGAGUGGCUGGCAGCAAGGGCUCCAGUGGACGCCGUCCUCCGCGACUUCGGCAGGCUCGUCUGUCUGCUCCGCGACGGGGGCUCGGCCCGGGGCGCCUGGCUGGCGAAGGCCCUGUGCAGCUACAAGUUCCUGCACUGCAGCCACCUCCUGGCGGACGUCCUGCACCAGCUGUCCAUCCUGGGCAGGAGCUGCCAGAGGCCGGACCCCGACUUCUCCAUCGUCCACCCGCUGCUGAGGUCGACGGUGACCACCAUCAGCAAGCCCAGCGCCGGGGAGGCGCUGAAGCACUUCCUGGCCGCCCUCCCGCCCCACGGCCCCUUCACCUUCCAGGGGCAGGCGAUCAGAGACGGCCCCCGGCAGCGGCGGGAGGCGGAGGGCAUCUGCACCGCCUUCCUGGAGAACCUCACCCGGGACCUGAGGGCCAGGUUCUCGGAGGCCCGGGACGCCGACGUGGUGACGUCCAUGACGGCCGUCUUCGACCCCCGCGCACCCGCCGGACUCCAAGACCCGGCACGUCCACACCCUGACCGGCUACCUGUCAGGCCUGGGCGGCCGGGGCGAGGGGGAGCACUUCGAGAUGAGCUGCCGGCAGGAGCUGGUCGGCUUCCUGGACUUCGUGGAGUCCCGGCCGGGCGUCCGCCCCCUCGGCAGCGUCCGCGACGUCUGCCGGCUGGCCCUCGGCCAGAGGCUCACCUUCCCGGUGGCGGGCUCGCUGGCCGAGCGCUUCCUCAGCCUGCCCACCCCCACCGACCAGCUGGGGGCCCUGCUCGGCAGGGAGCAGGCGCUGCGGAACAGGCUGGGCCGCUCGCUGACCACCGAGCGGCUCGGGGACCUGCUCAGGAUCGUGGCACACGGGCCGCCCAUCAGGGAGUUCAACUUCAAGGCCGCCUUCCAGCAGCUGAAACUCCAGGAGAAGUGACUUCUCAACCGGGCACGGGGCCUCACUGGCAGCCACUGAUUACAGGCCAAGGAGGCGGCCCCUCGCCAAGUCCUAGGGCUCUGCUUCUCUGCGUACACUGGUAACCAAAAUGCUCAGAGAUCCUAGGUAAAGUACUUGUGGUCCGACCAAAAAAGUCUCCCUCGCUCUGUCUAUUUCAAAUGAGUCGACACUGUUAAAAAAGAUGAAGAGACUACGUUUACUUGUCACAGGUACAGGUAAGGCGCGGUGUGUCGUCUGUGUCGACGGGCAACCCAGUCCGACGUGGUCUACCCCCAGCGUGCACGCCCGCAACUUAUGAACCCUGACCCGCACGGCUUUGGAAGGUGGAAGGAAACCGGAGAGCGUGCGAGUUCCCCGCGGACAGCGGCAGGAGUUGUAACCCGCUCGCCCAGCUAACUGUUAGCGGCGCGGGUCACCGAAGUUUCCACACUCUCCCUCCGUGAACCGCAUGGGUCUCCUCCCAUGGUCCAAAGACGCGCCGGCUCAGCGCUGUCACCUGUCCUGCGAUUAGGCGGGGGCUUAGGUCGCUGGGUUGCUGAGCAGGUCUGCGCUGUAUCUCUGAGAUAAAUUUCAAAAACAGGGAAAAGCACUUGUGAGCUCAUUGCAGGCCCGAGAGAACCUGCGGACGCUGGAAGCCCAGACAAAAUGCCGGAGGAGCUCAGCGGGCCGGGCAGCGCGUGUGGAGGAGAGUAAACAGUCGAUGUCUUGGGCCAAAACCAACGUCCCGCCAAAGGGUCCCAGCCCGAAGCGUCGUCUGCUCGCUCUUCUCCACAGAUACAGCCUGGCGUGCCGAGUUCCUCCAGUAUUUCCUGCCUGUGGCCCAGCGACCCCAUCAACAGCUUUCCCCUCGCUGAUUGUAUUUCCAGCGUGCCUGACUUUGAAGAUGAGCUUUUAUUUGUCACGGAUGCAACCAGUGAAAAGCAUCAUUCAAUCAACAGCCAGCACAGCCCGAGGACGUUCCGAGGCGGCUACGCGAGCUUCGCUGAUGUGGCCAGCCCACAACUUACAGACCCGCCGGCAACGGACGCCCGUCACGGGGGAGAACGUACAAACUCCUUACAAACAGCAGCUGGAACCAAACCCCGAUCUCUGGCACCGUAAACACUAACCACCAGACUGCAGAGUCGCCCCUGGACUGGACACGGCUCCUCAAUGACGGGUGCACGCUCCGGUUACCAAAAUGGAUACACGGUCUGGGUAAAAGUACUUGCGAUCUGACCAAAAACUCUCUCUCUUGCUCUUUUUUUCAUUUCAAACAACUUGACGAUAUCGAUGAUCAGCUGUCUGGACUCAGAGGGUCAGAGUAAAUAUUUUUUUUAAAUCGAAGUACGUACACGUCACCAUUGACAACCCUGAGAUUCAUUUUCUUGCAGGCAUACUCAAGAAAUCCACAAUACAGUAAUAACUAUAACACAACCAACAAGAGACCCCAUCAAUUUGGAUGUUCAACCAGAGUGCAGAAGGCAACAAGCUGAGCAAAUACAAUAAGAAAUAAUAUUAAAUAAAUAAGCAAUAAAUAUUGAGAACAUGAGGUGAAGAGUCCUUGAAAGUGAGUCUAUUGGCUGUGGGGACAUUUCAGUGAUGGGGCAGGUGAAGUUGAGUGAGGUCACACACACACAAAAUGAGGGAGGGGCUCAGCAAGGCCGCCUGCCGAAGGGGUUCGGCCCGAAACGUCGACUGUACUCUUUCUCCACGCUGCCUGGCCUGCUGAGUUCUUCCAGCAUUUUGUGUGUGCUGCUCUGGAUUUCCAGCAUCUGCAGAUUUUCUCUUGAGUGGAGUUAUCCCCUUUGGUUCAAGAGCCUGAUGGUUGAGGAGUAUAACUGUUCCUGAACCUGGUGGUGUGGGACCUGAGGCUCCUGUACCUCCUUCCUGAUGGUUGAGGGGUAAUAACUGUUCCUGAGCCUGGUGGUGUGGGACCUGAGGCUCCCGUACCUCCUUCCUGAUGGUUGAGGGGUAAUAACUGUUCCUGAGCCUGGUGGUGUGGGUCCUGAGGCUCCUGUACCUCCUUCCUGACAGUUGAGGGGUAAUAACUGUUCCUGAACCUGGUGGUGUGGGACCUGAGGCUCCUGUACCUUCUUCCAGAUGGUUGAGGGGUAAUAACUGUUCCUGAACCUGGUGGUGUGGGACCUGAGGCUCCUGUACCUCCUUCCUGACGGUUGAGGGGUAAUAACUGUUCCUGAACCUGGUGGUGUGAGUCUUUGACAAGGUGCCACACAUGAGGCUGCUUACCAAGUUAGAAGCCCAUGGUAUUACAGGAAAGUUACUAACAUGGCAAGAGCAUUGACUGCUUGGUAGAAAGCAGUGAGUGGGAAUAAAAGGAUCCUUUCCUGGUUAGCUGACAGUGACUAGAGGUGUUCCACAGGGGUCGGUGUUGGGACCACUUCUUUUUAUGCUGUAUACAAAUGAUUUAGAUGAUGGAAUAGAUGACUUUGUAGCCAAGUUUGCAGAUGAUAUGAAAACUGGUAGAGGGGCAGGUAGCGUUCAGGAAACAGGUAGGCUGCAGAUGGACUUAGUUUAGGAGAAUGGGUAAGAAAGUGGCAAAUGAAAUACAAUGUUGGAAAAUACACUGUCAUGCAAUUUGGUAAUAGAAGUAAAUGUGCGGACUAAUUUCUAAACAGGGACAAAAUCCAAAAAUCUGAGAUGCAGAGGGACUUGGGAGUCCUUGUGCAGAACACCCUGAAGGCUAACUCGCAGGUAGAGUCAGUGGUGAGGAAGGCGAACGCCAUGUUAGCAUUCAUUUCAAAAGGUCACAAUACAGGAGGAGGGAUGUGAUGCUGAGGCUCUAUAAGGCAUUGGUGAGGCCUCACCUCGAGUAUUGUGAACAGUUUUGGGCUCCUCAUCUAAGACAAGAUGUUCAGGCACUAGAGAGGGUCCAGAGAAGGAUCACAAGGAUGAUUCCGGGAAUGAAAGGGUUACUAUAGGAGGAGCGUCUGAUGACUCUGGGUCUGUACUCUCUGGAAUUCAGAAGGAUGAGGGGGAAUCUCACUGAAACCCUUUUCAACGUUGACAGAGUAGACAUGGAAAGGAUGUUUCCCGUGAUGGGGGAAUCUAGGACAAGAGGGCACAGCCUCAGGGUAGAGGGGUGCCCUUUCAAAACAGAGAUGUGGAAAAAUUUCUUUAGCCAGAGGGUGAUGAAUUUGUGGAAUCUGUUGCCGCGUGGAGGCCAGGUCGUUGGGGGUGUAUUUAAGGCAGAGAUUGAUCGAUUCUUGACUGGACACGGCAGGGAGUGGGGCUGAGGAGGGGGGGAACAGGAUUAGCCACAACCGAAUGGCAGAUUAGACUCGAUGGGUUGGAUGACCUAAUUCUGCGGCCUUAUAGAGUCCUGAGGCUGCUGUCGCUUCUUGCAGGAGCAAGGAGAGAGCAGCGCCUGUGGGUGGGGAAGGAUCUGCCGACAACUCGGGUGGAAACCUUGUGUCAAGGCCGCAGUUUGUUCCAGGUCUGCCACCUCAGGCGCUCCAGGUUCCAGCACCCAAAUCCGCUUGAGUUAGAGCCACCACUGACAAUCAGUUUAUCAAUCAUUAUUACAUAGUCAUUGAAAACUACAGGGCGGAAACAGGCCCUUCAGCCCACCUAGACCAUCCCGUCUACCUACUCCCAUCGACCAUAUCCCUCCCCAUCCAAACUUCUCUAAAAUGUUGAAACUUGCUCGAUUCACACUCUCACCACCCUCCAAGUGUAGAAGUGUCCCCUCACGGCCUCUUAAGCAUUUCACCUUUCACCCUUAACCCACGACCUCUGGUCGUAGUCUCGCCCAACCUCAGUGGAAAAAGCCUGCUUGCAUUUACCCCAUCUAUACCCCUCAUAAUUCUGUAUACCUCUAUCAAAUCUCCCCUCAAUCUUCUAUGUUCUAGAGAAUAAAGUCCGAACCUAUUCAAUCUUCUCUUAUAACUCAGGACCUCCAGACACAACAACAUGCAUGUAAAUUUUCUCAGUACUUGUUCAAUCUUUCUUACUUCUUUCCUGUAGAAAAUAUUCAUUUAUCAUAAACACAAGGGAAUCUGCAGAUGCUGGAAAUCCAGAACAACAAAAUGCUGCAGGAACUCAGCAGGUCAGGCAGCAUCUAGGGAAAUAAAUGACCGGUCGACAUUUCGGGCCGAGACCCUUCAUCAGGACUGGAAAGGAAGGGGGUAGAGGCCAGAAUAGAAAGGUGGGGGGGGGGGAGGGGAAGGAGGAGGGCUGGAGGGCAAUAGGUGAAGCCAGGUGGGUGGGAAAGGUAAAAGCCUGGAGAGGAAGGAAUCUGAUAGGAGAGGAGAGUGGACUGUAGGAUAAAGGGAAAGAGAGGACCCAGAGGCAGGUGAGAAGAGUGGGGAAUAGAAGAGGGGAGGGGAGAAAUUUAUAUUCAUGCCAUCAGGUUGGAGACUACCCAGACGGAAUACAGUCGGCCCUCCUUAUCGCGAGGGAUUGGUUCCAGGACCCCUUGCGGAUACCGAAAAACGCGGAUGCUCAAGUCCCUUGUUUAACUUGUCUUAGGGUGGUGGAUUUUAGGACCCAGCGGAACCCCAGACCUCAUUUAACCUGUCUCAGUGCGGUGGUCUUUAAGACCCAGCGGAGUUCUGAAUCUGCAGUGUUUCUGUUCACAAAAAUAAUCACGGCUGAAAAUAAAGUGGAAAUAAUAAAGCGAUCGGGAAGAGGUGAAACGCCAUCGGUCAUUGGAAAAGAGUUAGUCGGUCAACAAUCAGAACAAUUUUAAAGGAUAAAGUGAGAAAGGCCCUGCCUCGAUGAAAGCUACAAUUAUUACUAAGCAACGCAGUGGUUUAAUUAUUGAAAUACAUACGUUUCUUAAGUGUUUUAUAUGCAUAGAAAGGUAAAAUAUGUACUAUAUACUAAGACAAACGUUUGACUGACACUAAAUAAUACCGGAUGUACCUGUUCCGAAUUACUUAGUAAGAGAACUUCAUGUUUUUUUUCC